AUGGGAUCAAAAGACAAGAUCUGGGCAAUAUCAGAGCUGACAAAAUUUGCUCAGAAGUUCCAGAAAGUAUAUGCUUUGUGCAACAUUUCUUGGUUUCACAGGGGCAGGCCGCCACUAGCAAACAGACACAAUAUGGCGCUGAAAGAGCUGGCUUGCUUGCUGGGCGAGCCCACUGACGCGCGUUACAUGGAGCAGCGCGUCUACGACUUCAUUGGCAAUUUACUGCACUUGAUGCGUAACGUGGCCCGCGAGGAGACGCCUUGGGACACGCUGCCGCCCGUGUUAAAGCGUCUCGGCACUCGCCUCAAUUUCAUCGACGUGGCGUCGGUUAUGGAGACGGGCGAGUGUCGGGCCGACGGCGCCGUCAACCCCGCCAAGAUGAAGAGCUUCGCGACGAGGCUCGUGAAGGCGGUCCAGAGAGCCGUCGCCGAGCGUGCGAAAUCGCAAGCCCUUCGGGGACUGCCGCCGCGCGAAUGGGACACGGCCCGCUUCCUGAAGAGUAUAGCCGCCGUCGAGGCCUUCGCCCGCGAGACGUCCGCCGACGCGGGUGCCCUGCUGCAGAUCUGGCUACGCAUGUACGAGGAGACGCGUCGCGAGCUGUGCCGAGGGGACCGCGGGCCGUCGCUGUCGCUGCCCGAGUGGCGGCUGGCCGACCUGCUUCUGCUGCACGAGCCCGCGCUGCCGCUCCUCGAGCGCGGCGGCGAGCAGGUGUGUCCGGAGCGAUCGCUGCGCUUCCUCGUGCGACUCGUGGCAGCCGGCACGACGAGGCUGGCGCGGCGCGAAGGCCCCGACCCGGUGUUCGGCGCUUGCCUCCCGGCGCCGAAUCGCCCCGAGGAGGCGCUCGAGUACGGAGACUGGGUCCGCUCCGUGUGGACGGCCGUCCACAUCGCUUUCUGUAAAAAGGAGCGUCCGGUGUCGAGCGUGCUGCUGCAGCGGCGUUGGCACGAGCUGCGGCUGCUGGCUCGCGAGGACCGGGAGGCGCCGACGCCUUCGGCGCUGCUGCUGAGGCGGUUCCUCGACGCGGAGAGUGCGGCUCCCCCCUCUUGGACGAGCCUAGUGGAGCGAGGACUGGUCGUCGACCUCACGGCGUUGGGAUGCCAGAACCCCGAUCUGCUGUGUCUGCUCGACGAUAUCGAACACACCGUCGUGUCUGCGACGUCGGAGAUCCCUUCGGAGGCGAUCCCGCAGAGAGACAUCGUGCGACAGCUCCAGGCCAUGGACCCCAGCCGGGCCGAGGUGUCCAUCCUCUUCGACCCUCACUCCGACUCCGAGCCCGAAGACGGCCCCGCCCCUCCCGCGGCCCCCGCCGACAAGGACGACUCGCUGAGCUUCAUCAUCAGGCAAGCCCUCAACUGUCGAUCCGUCGUGCGACUGCAGGCGCCGCGUCUGCGGGAGCUCACCGACGACAUCCUCGAGAAGAACUCCGUGCUCGCCGACGAGCAGGACGACUCGGACGAGGAAAGCCCUCUGGUCAUCGACGAGACCAAACCCGAAGUAGAGAGCGAGACGAGGAAGCGAACUCUGAGCGACGGCGCGGAGACCGCCUCCGAGUCUCCGGCCCGCGACCACGAGGCGAAGGAGGAGCCCGACGCGGCUAAGAGGGUGAAACGAGAGAAGAACGAGGAGGAGUCGCCCGGACUCAGUGAAAAGUUGGCGAUGGAGGUGCGCGUGGUGCUCGAGAGGGUGGUCGAGACGGCGGACCGGACCCUUCGGGGCCUCUCGCCGGCCGAGCUGUCGCGGCGCCACGGGGUCGAGGGACAGGGGGCCGCCUGGUGGACCCGUAAUCUUCCUCUGGCCGAGAAGUGCCGCCCUCUGCGGGUGACGCUGACCCGUCUCCGACGUCGACCGGCGCCCCGCAUCGCCCUGCCGGACAUCGACGAGAUCCGGGAGAUCAACAGGAGCAUGCUCACCGCCGAAGUGGCCCCGACAUUCGUCGGUUCCCCGGAGUCGGACUCCGCCGAGACCCUGGACGUCGACGACGAGCGGCCGGAGAGCAGACCGUUCCAGUACCUCUACGAGGACAUGCUGAGGAUGAUGGCUCGCAACGCUAAGAGAUUUCUGCCGGCGACGCGAACCACUCCGCCGACGGACGCGAAGGCGGCGCCCUACCCCCGCCCGAAGGCCGUCGCCGAGACGUCGCAACUGAGCGACCUCGAGAAGUGGGAGAGGGAGAAGCGCGUCGGCCUGCAGUACUUCAGCCUGCCUCAUCUGCUCGACCCCGAGCCCCGUCGGAGGGCCGAACUUCGGCGGAGGUCGGCCCCCGACCCGACGCCGCCCCGACCGGCGGCUCUCCUCGUCUCGGAGUCCGAUACCGAUUCCCGAGAGGACGCGUCGAGUCCUCGGGCCGACGAGAGACCGGCCGGCAUAUUGGACGACGAGCUGAGGGACCUCAGGCGAACGGAGAAGCCCGACUCCCGACCGAGGGUCUCGUACGGCUCCGGCUUCUUCGCUUCCGGUCCCGGUCCCGUCGCUCCAGGCCCCGUCACUCCCGGCCCGGUCGGCUCGAAAGGCGGACUCGACGUCCUCAAACCGGUGCAACCGACCGCGGGAAUCCACAAUCCCGUGAUCACGUGCGGAAGUCACUCGAUAAGACUCGUGGAAGACACACGACACACGGCCGCCGAGAGGAAGAGGCGGAUGAAGCUGUCGGAACGAGAGAAACGCGUCAAGAUCACGUUCACCAGCAUCCUGAACGAGAUGGCCGAGGAGAGGAGGCGAAAGUCCUUCGCAGAGAGUAUUUUAAUUUCUCGUCCGACAGAAGGAUUCGCGGGAGCCUCGUGCCACUUCAAACUGCCGGUGGAGCGCUGCGUGACGGCGGCCGAGUACGCGGCGGCCGGCGGCGGAGGGACGGCGCUGAUGCGGGCGGACCUCGAGAGGCCCCUCUGGCUGGUCUCUCGCGAGUUCCUGGUGCUGACGAGGACGCCGCUGACUUUCGCCCGGCCCUCGUACUGGGGCACGCCGCCGGCCACGUCGCGCGUUACGCUCACGCGGGUGCUGUUCCCGGACGAGGACGACCGCCGGGAAUCCGCCGUCGUGGACCUCACGGACGACACGGAGCCGGCCGACGGCGAGCUCCCGUACAAGACUCUCGUCGACGAUCCGCCUCGGCGCGUCUUCGUGUACAACAUGGUGCAGGACGUCGUCACCUUCCGGCGGUUGAACUCGAGUCGAAGGUCGCUAUUCCUGUUCUCGCUGCAGACCGGCGCCCUGGGCCACCUCCCGGCGAGCGAGACGACGACGGUCGACCCCGCCCGUCCGGUCGUGACCUCCGUGUCCGGCGCGUCGUCCGUCGGCGCGUUCCCGAGUCCGGCGGCCGCCGGCCCGUCUUCGAGUCCGCCGGCGGCGACCGGCCUGCGCGAGGUGUCCGUGAGCGUGCCGGCUUACGAGCGCGGCCCCGGCUCGGGCUCCGGCGCGCCGCCCGUCGUGCUUCAGCGGGCGGGUCUCGGGCCGACGCGGACGAAAGCCCCCGCGCCGCCGGGCCGAGACGAGGUCUCGGCCGACAUAGUGUCGCCGCCGCCUCGGAGGCCCCCGAGCGCCGGGCCCUCGGUCCCGCCCUGGAUCUCCCGAAGUGCGGUGCCCCGAACCGACGUGUGA